AUGACGACCACCGCCUCUCUUCCGACACCCGCCCACCAACUCUCCGACCCUACGCCCACCACCAGCGAUACAACCUCUUCCGACGUCAACUACCAAGGCCUGCCCAUCCCUCGCGGCCCCGUAACAGCUUCGCUGUCCUUCUACAAAGCCCCCGAGGACGGCUCACCACCACACAACUACGUCGAGCCGCUCCCAGGCGUGCCACAACGGAAUUGGGGCGACGACUGGACCAAAGUCGAACUCAAGGAUCUACGAGGUCAGGAGCAGAAAUUCACUCUAGACAACAACGCCUUCGACACAUACCAGAACAUCAAGAGCGGGCUGGACAGAGAUGGCUUCGCAGACGACGACGCGGUAAAACGCGUAUACUACCCAGAAGUAGAGCAACUGCUCAUGAAGAACGUACAAGGCGCGCAAAGAGUCCUCCUCUUCGACCACACGAUCCGCCGACCGACCGGCAACCGCAACCCCGUCCAGCGCGUACACAUCGAUCAAACACCUUUCUCCGCCGCCGAACGAGUCAAAUUCCACCUUCCUGACGAAGCCGAACAACUGCUACAAGGACGGUACCGCAUCAUCAAUGUAUGGCGGCCGCUCAAUGGACCCGUUAUGGGCAGCCCACUGGCGGUUGCCGAUAGCCAGACAGUGCGCGACGGCGAUUUGAUACCUAUUGAACAUCGCUACCCUGACCGCAACGGGCAGACGGCGGCUGUGGCGUAUAACCCGGGGCAGAAGUGGUACUAUUGGUCUGGCAUGACGAAUGAGGAUCGUUUGCUGUUGAAGUGCUUCGAUAGCGAUGAGAAUGUAGGUCAGUGGGGACGUGUACCGCACACGGCCUUCGUGGACCCAAGGACACCAGAGGGUGCGGUUGGUAGGGAAAGUAUUGAGGUUAGGGCGUUGGUCUUUGGUUAA